CAGCCGGGCCAGGCACGCACCGCCCCUUCCGCCACCGCCCCCGCGAUCCCCGAGACCCAGCUCCAGCCCCGGCUCCAGCCCCAGCCCCGGCCCGGCCGCCUCGGCUUCGCUUUGGAGCGCGGCGGCAGCUGACUGCGCGUUUACGACCCGCUGGGAACCGCGUGCCCCGCCGCCGUUAUGAACAUCCGCAAUGCGAGGGCACCACAGCCCCUGGCCUGACCGCAUUCUACCGCCUGCCCUCCCGCAGCCGGAGGACCUCAUGAACAUGCAGCACUGCAACCUCCUGUGCCUGCCCGAAAACUACCAGAUGAAAUACUACUUCUACCACGGCCUCUCCUGGCCGCAGCUCUCUUACAUCGCUGAGGAUGAGAAUGGGAAGAUUGUGGGGUACGUCCUGGCCAAAAUGGAGGAGGAUCCAGAUGAUGUGCCCCAUGGACAUAUCACGUCGCUGGCUGUGAAGCGUUCCCACCGGCGCCUCGGCCUGGCUCAGAAGCUGAUGGACCAGGCCUCGCGAGCCAUGAUCGAGAACUUCAAUGCCAAAUACGUAUCCCUGCACGUCAGGAAGAGUAACCGGGCCGCCUUGCACCUCUAUUCCAACACUCUCAACUUUCAGAUCAGCGAAGUGGAGCCCAAGUACUACGCGGAUGGGGAAGACGCAUACGCCAUGAAGCGGGACCUCACUCAGAUGGCUGACGAGCUGAGGCGGCACCUGGAGCUGAAGGAGAAGGGCAGGCACGUGGUGCUGGGCUCCAUCGAGAACAAGGUGGAAAGCCGGGGCAACUCACUUCCAAGCUCGGGAGAGGCCUGUCGUGAGGAGAAGGGCCUGGCUGCUGAGGAUAGCGGUGGGGACAGCAAGGAUCUCAGCGAGGUCAGCGAGACCACAGAGAGCACCGACGUCAAGGACAGCUCAGAGGCCUCUGACUCCGCCUCCUAGAGCCUGCACUUGCUCCUCUCCCCACCCUGACCUGCCCGACCUGUCCUCGCGUCCCCUCGAGGUUUCACAAUAAACUUCGCCCAGCGGC